AUGGAACGAGAAGAUAAACGGGGCGUGUGUGAAGCCCAGGACUCAGAAGACAAGGGGAUGGGCUCUGAUUUUGAGAACUCUGAAGACAGGGAAGGGGACCCAGAAGACAGAGGAAUGGGCUCUAACCCACAUGAUGCAGACAAGAGAGAAUGCCACCUGGAGCAGGAGAUGGGCUCCAACCCACAGGAUGAAUCUCUAAGAGGGGACUCAGAGGAGAGGGAACUAGUGUCUAACAUCUGCACAGAGGGGCUGCUGAGCGAGGAAGAAGGGGUUGCUCUCCGUGAGGAAGACGAUGACCAAGCUGGAGUAGCUGAGAUGGCGAUGUUCGCAGGGCUGUCUGAGUCCGUCGGCAUUUCCCGGAGCCCCCAGGAAGAGGGGGAAGAGGAGCAGCCGCCUCCUGCCGUGCUUCCCUGGAGGCGGCACCUCUCCCUGGGAAGUCGACACCGGGGUGACAAGCCCGCCCACCGCCGAUUCCGCCGGCUCCACCACCCCAUGGCCAUGGACCUCGGGGAGCUCGACAGCCUGAUGGCCAGCAUCAUGGACGCGCCCACCAUCUGCCCCGACUGCGGGGAGAGCUUCAGCCCGGGCGCCGCCUUCCUGCAGCACCAGCGCAUUCACCGCCUGGCGGAGGCCGCCGCGGCCGCCAGCCUGGAGCCCUUCGGCUUCGCGGGCGAGUGCGGCGGGGUGGUGGGGAUGAUGGGCGUGGGCGUGGGCGUGGGCGUGGCGGGGGGGUUCGGGGCGGGGCCCGCGCUGGCCCGGCCCCCGCGCGAGAAGCCCUUCCGCUGCGGGGAGUGCGGCAAGGGCUUCAGCCGCAACACCUACCUGACCAACCACCUGCGGCUGCACACGGGCGAGCGGCCCAACCUGUGCGCCGACUGCGGCAAGAGCUUCAGCUGGCGCGCCGACCUGCUCAAGCACCGGCGCCUGCACACGGGCGAGAAGCCCUACCCGUGCCCCGAGUGCGGCGAGGCCUUCAGCCUCAGCUCCCACCUGCUGAGCCACCGGCGGGCGCACGCGGCUGCCAGCGGCGCGGGGCCGGCGGCGCUGCGGCCCUUCGCCUGCGGGGAGUGCGGCAAGGGCUUCGUGCGCCGUUCGCACCUGGCCAACCACCAGCGCAUCCACACGGGCGAGAAGCCGCACGGCUGCGGCGAGUGCGGCAAGCGCUUCAGCUGGCGCUCGGACCUGGUGAAGCACCAGCGCGUGCACACGGGCGAGAAGCCCUACAUGUGCUCCGAGUGCGGGGAAACCUUCAGCGUCAGCUCUCACCUCUUCACGCACAAGCGCACGCACUCGGGUGAGCGGCCGUACGUGUGUCGCGAAUGCGGCAAGGGCUUUGGGCGCAACUCGCACCUGGUGAACCACCUGCGCGUGCACACGGGCGAGAAGCCCUUCCGCUGCGGCCAGUGCGAGAAGCGUUUCAGCGACUUCUCCACGCUCACGCAGCACCAGCGCACGCACACGGGCGAGAAGCCCUACACGUGCAUCGAGUGCGGCAAGAGCUUCAUCCAGAGCUCGCACCUGAUCCGCCACCGCCGCAUCCACACGGGCAACAAGCCGCACAAGUGCGCCGGCUGUGGCAAGGGCUUCCGCUACAAGACGCACCUCGCGCAGCACCAGAAGCUGCACCUGGCCAAAAAUAAAUAA